AUGUUACGUAUUGAUAAUAAACACGAAUGGUUUUGUUCCGUCUUCACCACGGUCUUCGACUUGGCUGUAAUAAAUAACUUAUCAAUAUCUGAUCGAGCAUGGGUUACGCUAGCCACAAACGACUCUUACGGCUUAGGAGCCCUCGUCCUGGCGCAUUCGUUACGGCGAGUUGGCUCUGCCUAUCCAGCCGUUGUACUCAUCACACCUUCAGUAACCGACGCUAUGAGGGAGCGUCUUAGUGCAGUAUUUGAGGUGGUAACUGUUGACGUGCUGGACUCCCAGGAUGCAGCUCACUUGGCUCUGCUGCAGCGGCCAGAGCUGGGCAUCACCUUCACGAAGAUACACUGUUGGAAUCUAACCCAGUACGAAAAAUGCGUCUUCCUCGAUGCUGAUAUACUGGUAGUUCAGAAUUGCGACGAAUUGUUUGAGAGAGAGGAGCUUUCCGCAGCCCCUGACGUCGGCUGGCCCGACUGCUUCAACUCUGGUGUGUUUGUCUUCACACCCUCAGCAGACACCUUCAGUAGACUGAUUACAUUUGCACAGGAACGAGGGAGCUUUGAUGGCGGCGACCAAGGUCUACUUAAUUCAUUUUUCUCCGACUGGUCCACUGACAACAACAAACGACUGCCUUUUCUCUACAACGUUACGUCGGCCGCUUUUUACUCAUACCUGCCCGCGUUGAAACAUUUUGGGCAGAAUUUGAAAAUCAUCCACUUCAUCGGGCCAGCCAAGCCUUGGCUUCAACAUUAUAACUUUGAAUCUCAAAGCGUAGACGCACCAGAGCACUUAAAAGGUUUCUUACAAGUUUGGUGGAAUCUCUUUACUUCCCAAGUUCAUAAUCAGCUAGACGAAGCAAUGGGAAAUCUAGAACAACCUUCGGAGAGUCCAAGAGAUGUUGGAGACGUAAGCGACCUCCUACCAGAUGGUGAACAAAGAUUAAACUAUGCAACAUAUGACCCAGUUCCUGACCCUACAUCUGAAUUUCCAUGGCAUCAUCCAGAUAAACAAAUGGAAGAACGAGAGUCACUGGAUUUACAUGUACCAGAAAUUAUUGAUCCAUGGGAUUUCUAUCGGGGAAACAUUCUGCCAAUACCAGAACAGUCCAAAAUGUCCAGUGGAGAUUCCCCAGAUCUUAAUGAAGUGCGAAGAAUUGCGUGGGAGCAAACACAUUAUCCUAUUAAAGAACAUACGAAUGAAAAUAAUAAUUACGAUCAACACAUUCAUCAUCACAAACCUUUUAACAGCAGUAAUCGUGAUAACUAUCAUGAAUCUAAUAAUACCAAUACAGAUCACCUCGUUGCACAUAAAUCAGAUAAUAUUCACGAUACACAAAACUUCCACAAUCAUUAUGUAGAACCAAUUCAUAAUAGCAUAGAUUAUUACAAUUCAAACCAAGAGCCUCACGUCAAUCAUUUACAAAAAACUAUACACACAGAAAACAACAACUUUACUCAUAAAUCAAUGAAAACCAUUACUGACGUACCAUCGGCUAAUCAACACGUCUAUUGUGUUCAUAUGGAUCAUCAAAAGCCAACCCAAAAAUUAUCAAAGAAUGAAGAUAAUUCCUUAAAUGGUGAAGUAUAUGAGGAAGACGAUACAAAUGAAGAUAUCUUACCAAGGCAUCCAUACGAUGGCUAUUACUUAAGACACCAAGUGUCAAUAGAUUCGCGAGGAAAAAAGCUAUGUUCUCAUGAAAUACCGCCUAGUUCUCCUUCACCACCUGAGAGUCAAGAUGACUAUGAAGAUGCGAUCGUUCCAACAGAAAAUGGUUUUUGUAUGGAAGCAGAAGCUGAAACUGGCGUAGCUGGAAACUUAGCGCGAGUUCAGCCUGGCGUACCUUUGCAGCGUGAAGCGUUAGAUGAAUUGUCGCGCCGUCAGGGCUGGGAGUCUGGUAACAUUGACUACAUGGGCGCUGACUCUUUUGCAAAUAUUUGGGCAAGAAUUUCUCAAACUUUGAGUGAAGGCUCUCAAACUACGAAACAGUCUUCACCUCCUAAAGAUUCUCCUUCGGUAACAGAGGCACAAGAACCAGUUCAAGACUUAACCGAAAAAGUGGCAUCUGUAUCUCUGGAUGAAUCAAAUGAUAUACCUGUACCUGCAAGAGAAGCUGCUUCAGCUGCAGGUAACACGGGUGAACCUGUUUCAGAAUCUUUACCAAACAUCCAAGUAAAUGUUCCUGAAAGUAGUCCUGAAUCCGUCCUUAGUCUAGAAUCUAAACCUACUGUUACUGAAACCGAUGCAAAGACCGAAACAUCGGUACCAAAAAUUACAGUGCCUGUUGUGGAACAAUCAGUAGAUAGUUCUACUGAAAUACCUAUUGAAAACGUACCUGUUGUUGCUCCUCAAACGGAAAUUUCUGAUACAUCCAAAAUACCUUCAGAACCACUUGUUUCCUUAGAGUCGCAUGAAACACCCGUGGAACCCUCUUCUCAAGUGCAUGAUAUUGAGACCAAAAAUGAAAAUGAAAUUCCUAAAAUAGAUGUGGAGUCUCCUGAAGUGCAUGUUCCGGAAACUGCCUCUGUAGCAGAAACUGCACCUGUAGCAGAAACUGCACCCAUAGCAGAAACUGUAUCAGUUGCACUAGCUGAAUUAUCAGAUAGUCCAAAGCAUGAAACUGAAUUGCAUGAAUCUAAAGAGGUACCAGAUAAUGAACCAGAAUUAUCUGUAGUUCCUGCAUCUGAGCCUGCAUCUUUACCCCUGCCAACUGAGACUGAAAAAAGCGAAUCAAAACCUGAAAUUACUGAACCACUAGUGGAACAAGUAACGGCAGCACCUAAAGCCAACGAAUCUAAGUUAGAAACUUCAUCAGAAAUCCCGUCUGAUAUCCCUGCAUUAGAUCCUAAACCAGUGACUCCUGUCCAAGAGAAGCCGGAUACCGACUCUGUGCCUGAAAUCCCGCAACAGGAAAAAUCUUCUGAGAUAACGGAAAAGUCUGUUUCCGACAGUCCCCCGUUAGCUAAUACUCCAUCUACAGAAGAAGUACCUAGUGUCCCGGCGGCCAAAUUGGAGGAGCGUCGCAGGCCGGCGGCCAAACUGCAGCUGAAGCCGCCUUCUGCCGCCGACCCCCUGCCUACACCUGACAGCGAGUUUGAAGACGCCGCAUCUCUAGCACAGUCCAUCAUUGCCAGCGAAUUGCGUUCUCCAACAGUCACCUCCGCCUCACCACCUGCUGGUCCCACUUCUCCACAACCGCAAACACAACAAGAACGACUCGAUGUCAAAAAACCUGACGUUCCUACGCCACCAGUAGGCGCUGUGUCUCUGUCACAAAUUGGCGUCAAACCUAAAACAAAGCCUACCACAGCCGCUCAAAUAGAAUCUUCGGUAUCCGAAAAGACUGAGGCUGAACCACCCAAGAAGAAAGUUGUUAAGAAAGUAGUGAAGAAAGACAGUGCCUCUAGUGGUGAAGCGCCCGUUCCCCCCCCGCGAAAGAAAGAAAAGAAACCCAAAGAGAAAUAA